AAAGGAGAAGUACAACUGAAUGUGAUGUGUGCUGAGUCAAAGCUUGUGAGGCUGUCAGAGGGAAAAAGAAACUGAGGAAAGAGAGAGAGAGAGAAGUCGAUACUGAGAGUGAGUCAGUCCGUUAGUAAGAGAAAAAGAAGAAAAGAGGGGACAGGAAAAAGACCCUGAGGACAAACUGUGAAACACACUCACGUUGUGACACACAGAUGGAGAGCACAAGCUCAACUCAAGCUUGACUUCUGCUCCUGGGAAGAAGCCUGGUGGUUUGUGGUCAGGACCUUGUGAGAGGUGGAACUCUAAUGACAAGUUUGCUGCUUUGGAACUGAAAAGGACAAAAACAAAGGACUGAGUUUUGACAAAGAGAAGGGAUUUUGCCAUCAGGGAAUCUCUCUAACGGACCUGAAUGUGGAUAUGCUAUCAUUCCCUUUGUGGACUCAGCAGCUCAUGGUGGUUGAGGACUUCUUGGGAGAAAAGGAGACACACGUGGGACUAAAUUAUCUGAAAUGUACAACAGCACCAUCCCAACUGGCAGUUUCACCCAGCAAAUCGCUAACAACUCUACCUGCAUCAAGAACGAUGGGUUUAAAUACCCAUUGUACAGUACAGUCUUCAGCAUUGUGUUUGUGGUGGGACUGAUCACCAACGUUGUGGCCAUUUACAUAUUCACCUGUUCUCUGAAGCUGAGGAACGAGACCACGACCUACAUGAUGAACUUGGUAGUGUCUGAUCUGCUGUUUGUCUUCACACUGCCUCUGAGAGUCUUCUACUUCAUCAACCAGAACUGGCCUUUUGGAAGCACGCUCUGCAAGGUCUCCGUCUCUCUGUUCUACACCAACAUGUAUGGCAGCAUUCUCUUCCUCACCUGCAUUAGCGUGGAUCGCUUUUUAGCCAUUGUGUACCCCUUUCGCUCAAGGGCGCUUAGGACCAAGCGCAAUGCCAAGAUAGUGUGUGUUGCUGUAUGGGUGCUGGUGCUGUCAGGGAGUCUCCCCACAGGGUUCCUGUUGGAGACCACCUCACGUGGGAAUAAUAAUACCAACGCAACAUUCUGCUUUGAGAACUUCUCCUCCAAGCAGUGGAAAUCUCACCUGUCCAAGGUGGUGAUCUUCAUAGAGACAGUGGGCUUCGUCAUCCCACUUCUACUCAAUGUGUGUUGUUCCAUCAUGGUGUUGCAGACCCUGCGUCGCCCUCAAACCAUCAGUCGAGGGGGGAAGCUGAACAAAAAAAAGAUCCUACGUAUGAUAAUUGUGCAUCUCCUUAUUUUUUGUUUUUGCUUCAUCCCCUACAAUGUAAACUUGAUUUUCUAUGCUCUGGUCCGCACCAAAACUUUAAAAGGCUGCUUUGUGGAAUCGGUGGUCCGGACGAUCUACCCAAUAGCCCUCUGCAUUGCUGUGUCCAACUGCUGCUUUGAUCCCAUCGUGUACUACUUCACCUCGGAGACCAUCCAGAACUCAAUGAAGAGGAAGUCUCAGGGCAAGCACUCGUUUGACGUCAAGUUCUCAGAUGCCCUGCAGUCAGAAACCAGCUCAAACCUGCAUUGCAGCCUAAGGAAUCUCAAAGCUAAAGUCUUCCACAACGAGUCGUCAGUGUGACAGUGGGGUUGCCACACUCAACAUGAAAGGUAUUAAAAUACAUCCUCCCAUAGGAAAACAAACCUCCUUGAGACAAUGGGAAUGGACUUGUUUGGAUUGUUUGAAUGGUUUAUGAACCACCUGCCAAAGAAGUAUUAUUUGAUCUCAGUCUUCAUCUCAGGACAAAUGUUUGGACCUGUCAUAGACAGCCUCUGCUCUGCAGUAUUACUGCUACAUGUCCAUUUCUUCACAUCUGUGGAUUUGUUAUUACUACUUACUAAUUUCCCUUUCCUGUGGAAUAUACUGUAAUUGUGUUACGCGCAAUUACUCUGCCAGUGACCUGGAAGAGAAUGUGAUCACUGAACAGCAGGACAGUUAUCAUAUUGAAUGCUUCAUGUGCCUGUAUAUCUGUACAUUUCUGUGGUAAUUUGCGGUGCCAACUUUAUAGUAGAAUCUAUUAAAUUAACAUAAAGAUAUAUCAAGCUAUAGAUUGUACAGGGCUUUUUUUUCUUUUCUUUUUUUAUUGUGAAUUACAAAUAGGUCACAGAAGUGCCUUUUUUGUUCUGGCAGCAUUUUGUUUUUUGCCUUUUUAGACCAUUAAAUGCACUGACACAGAAUUCCAUAUACUGCACUCAUGCCACAGUAAUGAAUAAAAGUCAUGUACUGUUUAAAACAAACAAUUGCACUU